AGGAAAAGAGACGAAGAAAGCCUGGCUUUCUACCUAGGUAUUCCGCCGUCACCCCGCUCCCCCAUCCGACGGACUACGGAUUCCACUACCUGCUAUAUGUAUUCAUAACCUCUUCCGUCCUGUACUAUCCAGUCCCACCUCCCCAUCCGUCGAAAUAUCCGUCUGUUUCAACAUCCACAUACCGCAAAGAUGUUUACACCGGUAACCACCACGCUCGGCGCGGUGCUACUGCACCUCAGCACCACCACCCUGCUCCACAGCAACUCCCAAAUCCUGGGCUGCAGCUCCCUCCUCACCAACGGCAUCCUGCAUCCCUCCCUCUCAACAACCCCCACCCUCCUCGGUCUCCUCGCCGCCGCCGCACUGCCGCUAUACCCGCCCUCCUACCCCACAGACACCUCACUCCCGCUCCUGCUCGCCGCCGGGGCCCUAGUGGGCGUGGGCACAAAGCUCGCAAAGGGAUGCACCAGCGGGCACAUGCUUUUGGGGGUGGCCCGGGGCUCUGUGCGGAGCCUAGUCGCCACAGCGACCUUCUUCGCCUCAGCGGUGGCCACGGCGGCCGUAGUUAGCAGUCCCCCGGCGUGUAUCAACGGAGCAUGCUAUACACCGACGUACCCGGCGGCGGGUCCGGCGGUGCUCCUAGUGGCCGGCGCCGCAGUGGGAGCAUUGGUCAUCCGCCGACUGCCGAAGACGGAGGCGGCGAGGGUCGCCACACGGGUGUAUGCGGGCUUCGUGUUCGGGCUGGGACUGCUGGUGAGCGGGAUGGCGUCGCCCGCGAAGACGCUCGGGUUCAUGAGUGUGACCAACUGGAACAAUUUUGAUCCCAGCCUGAUGGCGGUGGCGCUGGUGGGCGUGGGCGGGAAUGCGAUUGCGUGGUUGAGGAGGAAGAGCAGCCCGCGGCUGGUGGAUGAGUGGACGUUGCCGGCUGGAGAGGUCGAGUGGAGGUUGGUCGUCGGCAGUGUGCUGUUUGGUGUUGGCUGGGGACUGGUGGGCGUUUGUCCUGGCCCUGCGGUCGUGGCGGCGCUGAGGAAUGGGACCAGUGGGUUGGCGUGGGUGGGUGCGUUUUUGGCUGGUCAGGUGGCGGCGGGGUAUGUGUAGACACGGUUAAGGUCGACGAGGCAAAGUCACUGGACUGGUGGUUGGGUAGGACUUACGGGACAGAAGGACUUCCAGCAUAGAUGGACUCGAUAGAAGGACUUAAAGGAUAGAAGGACUGGAUAGAAGGACUUACAGGAUAGAAAGACGAGGGCGACGUUGACUUGGGCAACUGUGAUCAAGUUGUGUAUAACCAAUUGGAUCGCAGACCCACCGGUCCAUCGGCGUUUC